AUGGAUCUAGAAGUAACAUAAAAGAAAGUACUAUACUCUGAAGAAUACAAGAAUUUCAGAGAUGAUAAAUUUACUUAUUUUGACGAAGUCGGCAAAUCUUUUCCCUGGAUUAAGUAAUACACCUAGUUAUAUGAAUUUGAUGAUCCUUUUUACAAAUGGUACCCAGACGGUUUGAUAAACGCUUGCUAUACUUCAUUAGAUAUUCAUAUUAAGGAAGGAAGGGGAGAUUAAGUCGCAAUAAUUGCCUUUAAUCAGAAUACCUAGGCUAUGAUUAAGCAUUCAUAUUAGGAAACCUAUGAUAAAACAGCAAAGCUUGCUAGCAGCUUAAAAUCUUAGUUUGGACUUAAGGUAGGCGAUAGAGUGAUUAUUUACUCAAACAAUAUGUUCGAAUCUUUAACAAUGACAUUAGCAUGCGCUAGAAUAGGAGUUAUUUUUCAAGUAGUUCAGCAUGUUGAUUCAGCUAGAGAAUUAGCACUAAAGAUUAAUGAAUUGGAACCAAAAGUUAUUUUUACUGUCAAUAUUCAAGUAAGUCCAGUAGGAGCCGUGCUGAAAUCUAAGGAAAUGAUUGAUGAGGUGACGCAAUUUAUUGAGAAAGAUUCUCUGAGAUAGGAUUUAAGGUAUAUCUGUGCAAACAAUGGUAACGACUAUGAAGAUACACCUGACACUUGGGUUCGAUACGAGGAUCUCGUUGGAGAAAAUAUUUCAGCAUGUGAAUGUGAACCUCUGUCCCCUAAUACUCCCUUAAUAAUUCUAAACACAUCAGGCUCCACUGGGAGGCCUAAAUUUAUUGUUAGGUCUCACCUAGCUGCCAUAUCCCCGGCUAUAUCACUUAGGAACAACUAUAAUCUUCAUAAUCAAGAUGUUAUUGGAGCUUUUACAACUUUUGGAUAUAGUCUCUACUACCAGUUCUAAAGUUUUGGGGCUUUGACUAAUGGAAAUUAAAUAUUAUUAUAUUCUGGAAAUGUCACCCUACUUCCAGUUAUGGACCUCAUUUAAAAUCUAAAAAUAAAAAUUAUGCUAGCGUUCUCAAUGCCUUUCUAAAAAAUGAGAGAUAAAAAUACCAUUCAUGAAAUUGACAAUAAAGAGAAUCUGAGAUGUCUAGAGAGUAUCAUUGUCACAGGAGAAAAAUCUCCCCCAGAGUUUCUAGAUGAUCUUAGACGCAUCUUCCCUUACUCUAGACUAAGUGAUUAGUAUGGCACUUGUGAGGCUACAGUCCUUACAAGCAAUUUGCUUAAUCUUGAAAAGUAUUGUUUAAAUGAAGGGCAAUCAUAUACUAAUCAAGGAUGGCCUUUGUUAGGUGUUGAUUUACGCCUCUUGGAUAAUGAAGGGAAAGAGAUAACUGAACAAAAUGUUGAAGGCAAUGUAGUAAUCAAGAUGCCUGGUCCGCUUACUUUAUUGAGUGAGAUUUACCAAGACAGAGAAGGGACUAUAUAAAAAUAUUACAAAGAAUUUCCAGGAUAUAUGAGAACUGGAGAUCUCGGCUAAUGGGAUAUUAAUGAAUGCUUCUAAUUUUUAAGAAGGAAGGAGGACAUAAUUUAUGUGAAUCAUAUUUAAUGUAGCGCAAAGUAUUUGUAAGAUAUACUAUUGUAAGUGGAAGGAGUUAAGGAAGCAAUGAUUGCAAGUGAUUCGUUGAGAGACUUUGCAUAUGCCUUUAUUACUACUGAUGAAGGUAACAGAUCUGAGGAAUACCGUGCAAAAUUAAUGAAGUAUCUCUUUGAGAAAUCAAAUGGGAUCGGUAAACUAGGAGGAGUCAUCUUUAUCAAUAAACUUCCUUAAACUUCUAACGGUAAAGUAUCUAUGGAAUUGAUGAGAUGUUUGUUGAAUAAAUUAAGUUUAAGCCAUAUGACUAUUGGAAAUCAACUAGAAAUAGAAACAAUACAAAGACAAGUGGAAGAUCAAGUGGGAGAUGUAAACAAUAGAUAUUGA